UGCUGCUUCCAACAACAAGCGGUAGUAAGCAAUAUGGCCGACCUAGGGAAGAAGUACUGCGUGAACUGCCUUGCAGAUGUUACGAAUUUGCGGAUUCGCUGUGCCGAAUGUCAAGAUAUUGAACUUUGUCCGGAGUGCUUCUCUGCGGGUGCCGAAAUCGGCAACCAUAGACGGUGGCAUGGCUAUCAGCAAGUUGACGGCGGGCGCUUUUCGCUCUGGGGUCCCGAAGCAGAGGGAGGAUGGACUAGCAGGGAAGAACAGUCGCUGCUCGAUGCCAUCGAGCAAUAUGGAUUUGGUAACUGGGAGGACAUGGCAGCCCAUGUUGGUGCAUCACGCACCCCUCAGGAGGUCAUGGACCAUUAUGUGAGCAUGUAUAUCCAUGGGAAUCUGGGCAAAGCCUGCAUCCCUGACAGCAUCCCCAACCGCGUGACAGACCACACUUGCCCAAGUGGAGGUCCGCUGUCUCCUAGUUUGACUACCCCGUUACCCCCACUAGACAUAUCUGUGGCGGAGCAGCAGCAGCUUGGAUACAUGCCGCUUCGUGACGACUAUGAGAUCGAAUAUGACCAAGAGGCAGAGAAACUCAUCAGUGGCCUGUCUGUAAACUACGACGAUGAAGAUAUUGAAAUUGAGAUGAAGAGAGCCCAUGUGGACAUGUACGUGCGGAAGCUGCGGGAGCGCCAGCGCCGCAAAAACAUUGCUCGUGACUACAAUUUAGUGCCAGCCUUUCUGGGACGGGACAAAAAAGAUAAAGAGCGAGAACGACCAGGUGGAACAGGAGGGGUUGGGGGUGCAGGUGGAGCUCUUGGAUUGGGGGGCGUUACCACCAUCAUUCCGACAGGGUCGCUGGGCUCCUCUGCAGCAGCAACGCCGAAACGCAAAAUCACCAAGGAAGAGAAGGAGCAACGGACAAAACUACGUGCCCUUUGCCAGUUCAUGCCACAGCGUGAGUUUGAAGAAUUCUUCGAUAACAUGCACAAAGAGCGCAUGCUACGGGCGAAGGUUCGGGAGCUUCAGCGUUAUCGGCGAAAUGGCAUCACGAGACUCGACGAGUCGGCUGAGUAUGAGGCGGCACGCCACAAACGGGAAAAACGGAAAGAGAACAAAAGUGUUGCUGGCUCAAAGAGAGGUAGCAGUGGAGGAGGAGGAGUGGCCGGGCUUGGAGGAGGGGUUGGAGCAGGAGGUGGGCUUGGUGGUGGUGGAGGAGUCAGUACCAUUAAAGAGGAGGGGAAGGACAGUGAGUUCUCAGCCAUCGAGAACCUGUCUGGUUUUGAGCUGCUGUCGGAUCGGGAGAAGGUACUGUGCAACUCUAUGAACCUUAGUCCUACGCGCUAUCUGACUGUCAAGACUAUCAUCAUCAAAGAUCACUUACAGAAACGGCAGGGCAUUCCUUCGAAAAGCCGCCUACCCAGCUACCUGGACAAGGUGCUAAAAAAACGGAUUCUGAAUUUUCUGUCGGAGAGUGGCUGGAUAUCCCGAGAAGCUUCUUAACGACACUGUCCAAAGAUUUGGCUGUAUGAAUAAUGACUGUAAAUAUAUUUUUCUACUGUUUUAUAAUGGACCUCAGAAAAUCCUGUGAGAACAAAAUGACUGUAGGUGCCACACUGGUACAUAAUCAGUAUUCAUCAUAGGGAACUUUCAGUAUGUUGUCCUGUGUAAUACAUCAGGAUAUAACACAAAAAAACCCCAUUGCCCCAUGUUAAAAUGCCUCCGUUUUGAAUGUGAUUUUGAGUGGCACUCGAAUGUUCCCUGCCAAUAGAGUAUCAACACAAUGCUUAAUGUUGUACAAAGCAGAUAUUUGGUUCUGAGUUUCUUGUUUUGUCAUAAGAAGGAAUUUAGGACAGAUCCUUGUUCUGCUUGCCAAAAGUCUCAUGCUAACCUGAAUUUGCUUGUUUUAUUUGGAUAUAUUUUGUUAUGUCAAUUGUGGGAAUGUGAGACACGUGAAGCAUGCUCAAUAUUAUCUAAACAUCCGAUGUUUAUGUUUGAUUCGGAAUUUUUGUUUUUGUUUUCUGGAGUUGACCUUUGUGAGGUUGUUACUAUAGCUUUUUAUUGAGCAUGUUUCAGAAGCUCAAGUUAAAUGGCACACAACCAGGCUAUAUAAAGUGUUAGCUUGAUGAUUAAAGAGUUAAGCUCUGAGUGAGAAUAUUUACCAUAAUCGUCCUGUUUCAGGAGGGUAUUGUUCUCAUUUGUCAGGUAAUGUGAUGGAUAAAGCUUAAUACAGCAUCAAGGGUUCUCAUCUCAAAGUGUACAACUACAUUUCUAAGCUGAGACUGUGUUACAACUACAUACUAAAGGUUUUUGUCUUUUCAAAUGCCUUGACAAAAUCUUCUUGCAAUACCAAAUCAUAGAUUACAACUGAGACAUAUUUUUCCAUGAUUUGUAAUAUUAUUACCUGCUCUUGUCUACCCCAAAGCUGUAGAAAGCUAAGAAAAGCACUGUUCACGGAGGCAAAUGCAAAGGUUUAAUUUUUUUUACAUAGUUUUGAAAUUAAUAUAUUGCGAGUCAAAUAGGAUAGGUACAGUGUAACUUUUAGCCAUUGUUUUUUUUUUUUUUUUUUUUUUUAUGUAUACGGUAUUGGAAAUAACUGUUUAGUGUAAAUCCGUUGUAAAGGCCAAGGUGGUCAUCCACAUUUGUUUUUAUACCUUGUCAUUUUUAGCCCAAGACAUUGGUACAUAUAAAGUCCCAUAAACAGUCAUUCAUGUUUGAGUAUGCUCAUGUUGUGUGCCUUGAAGCAUAUUUGCCCUGGUUGAUGGUUUUUAUUCUUUUCCCUUGAAAUAUUAUAUUUUAAUCUUAAAUUGUACCACAUCAAAAAUGUACAAAAGGUUGAGGUUUAUUUUAGGUGUCUGUUUUUUCUUUACAUUUCUAUGCUAGACAUAACUGCCCCACACAAGAUUCAUGUCUUUUUAUGACUAAAGCCAUUAAAAGUAGAUGUGCACAGUUGUACUGGGAGAGAAACUCGCCCAAGGCACAUAUGAGAUAUGUAAAUUGGCUGUGUAACCAUUUGGUAAAUAUAAAUGAUGAAUGUAGUUAUGAGGAGGACACUGUGAGUAGGAAUAAGGAAAUUAUGGGGCAAAUGUGGAGGGGUUCUUUUUUUUUCUCUGUGGUGUUUUCUGUCACAGCCUUUUUAUUUUAUUUGUAUUGAGGUGUUUACAUUUUUACACAAGGUUAGUCUUCAGGUUGUGCUUCAUGGUUAUAGGAAAUAGGAUCUUUGGUCAUCUUUUGGUUCCCAAGCCAUUCUUCAAAACUAGUAGUGUCAUGCUCACCAACAUUCACUUGUUGAGGAAGAAAAAAUUGACUGGUUCAUUUAAAACUUACUAUUUUCACUUUAAUACUCAUUCAAUAUGCUAUUUCAGAGAGUAUAAUUAUUUUUCUAACGCACCUAAAAUUGAGAGGGGAUAUGAUAUUGAAAAUGACAUCACAAAAAGACACUAUCUUAAGUAUGUUUUUAUAGUUUUUUUUAAAGAAAAUGUGACAUUUACCACUUUUUUUCUGCUCGGUUGUGACACAAAUGUUCUCUGGUAAAAGUCAAUUUUUGAAGGAUCAUAUUUGUCAAAAUAUUGAGUAUGUGGAAAGUAUUUUAUUGCAUAUGUCAUGUUCUUUCCUACUUUGUAUUAAAGUGUUGAAAUAUAUAAACAA